AAGAUAUGAAGUCACUCAGAAGGACAGAUCUGUAGCGCUCUAGUUAGUCACCUUCACAUUAUCCCCUUCAUUUCUCAACUUCUCAAAAGCUAAUUUCACAGGCGGUUACUUGGAUUUGGACUUGCUGGGUAAUAAUUCAUUCUUCAUUCUUUCUGAGAAGGAUUAAACCGACUGAGGGCCUUGGAUUCCCAGUAUCACUUUUUCACUUCCUAAGUGGAUCGGUGUCCCUGUCAUCCAAGAUGGAGUGAAGAUGAGAGGACAAGAGCAGAGUCAUGGCUUCUUCCCAGACAGCAGGAGAGACGGAGCGGCCCGUUUCACAGGGAGGAAGCCGACAGGAGAGGGAUGCGUUAGAGGAGGGCACUGAAUCUGGUGCUCUGGAGUUAGUCUCCGUCACAGAAGAGGACCUUCCUGUAGUAGAGACGCCCACCACGUUUAAUGUGAGCUCCUUCAGCAGUCAAAAUAGCCAUUCCAGUCGCUUCUACGACCCAGACACGCAGGACCCUCACGUCCCUGUUGAGCUGCCCGCCGUGGCGUCCGCUCCACUGCCUGUGUAUAAAGCCCAUAACAUUCAGAUCCCACCCAGCCCAGGUGUGCCCGUCAUCAAGGUCCAGCCCUUCUUGGACGGAGAAAGACUGUCAGACUUGAAGUCUUUGUGUUGGCCGUAUGUGUCUCGCAGAUUGCUGGCUCUGCUUAUCAUCUUGGGAUUGCUUAUUGUCUUGGUUCUGGUUCUAGGAAUAGGUUUGGGAGUGGGUCUGAAGAGUUGCUCAGGAAAGUUCCGCUGUUUGUCGUCGGUUCAGUGUAUCAGCAGAAAUGCUGUGUGUGAUGGAGUCGAGGACUGUGGAGAUGGAGAAGAUGAGCUCAGCUGUGUGCGUGUGAGUGGCAGGAGCUCUGUGCUGCAGGUGUUCAGUAGGGGCUCAUGGAGGACUGUGUGCUCUGAAGGCUGGGAUUCUCACCUGGGCUCUGUAGCCUGCAGACAACUGGGAUACAACAGCUACGUGAGCUCUACUGACGUUCCCAUCUCCUCCAUUGAAGGAGUCUUUCAGAAUAAUCUAGUGGCUCUUAAUAUCAACCAAACAGGCCUUCAAGACAACGUCAAGAUCCAAAACUCUUCACACCUCAGAAAAACUCAGUGCACUUCUGGUGUAGUGACUGCUGUCAAGUGUAUAGAGUGUGGCUCCAGGCCAGCCGUCCACAGUCGUAUUGUGGGAGGGAACCUGUCGAGGUCUGGGCUGGUCCCGUGGCAGGUCAGCCUGCAUUACCAGAACCAGCAUCUGUGUGGAGGAUCAGUCAUCAGUGAGCGCUGGAUUCUCACUGCUGCGCACUGUGUGUACGGCUUUGCUCAGCCAGUGUUAUGGGCCGUGUAUGCUGGGAUAAUAAACCAGCCAUUGGGUGUAACUGAAGCUCUCUCUGUGGAGAAAAUCAUCUACCAUGCCAACUACAGGCCAGGAGGACUCAGCUACAACAUAGCUCUAAUAAAGCUUAAACUACCUCUGUCUUUCAAUGACCAAGUAGUACCCAUCUGUUUGCCCAGUUAUGGCGAGAGCUUUGAGGAUGGACAGAUGUGUUUGAUUUCAGGCUGGGGAGCCACAGAGGAUGGUGGAGAGGCCAGUUUGUCCCUACAUACCGCUCAGGUCCCAUUACUGCCCAGCAGAGACUGCCGCAGACUGGGUCUGACCUCCUGGAACAUCUGUGCAGGAUUCUCAGAGGGUGGUGCUGGAACAUGUCAGGGGGACAGCGGAGGGCCGCUGGCCUGUCAGGGGUCCGGGUGGACAUUGGUGGUGGUGGGGAGCUGGGCUGAGAGCUGUGGACAAGCAAACAAACCAGGAAUUUACACCAGCAUAAGUGAAGCUCUCACAUGGAUUCAGCAACAAAUGGAGAAAGAAGAGGAUCAGCGGCGCUGAACAUCUCACAGUGGAUGAGCUUCUAUUUCAAUACAUAACAUCCAACAUGACUUAUGAAAGAGGAUAUAUCUAAUAUAUGAUUCGUUCUAUAAUUUUCACUCUUUAAUUUCGGAUACAAUUCAUGUCAGGAAAAACAAAACUCUUUCUCAAUAAAUUAAGUGUUAUAGGUCACUGAAAAUCAAAUAUAGAAAAAAUUAAGAGGACAUUUACCAUAAUGUGUUCAAAAUGUUUAUUUUUCUAAGGUUUUUGGAUUAUAGAAAUGUUUUUUUUUUUAUAGAUAUGGAAUAUAGUCUUUUAACAUUUGUUUAUUCAUUAUUUUGAACUCAAGACCCAUUUAAUUCAAAAAGUGAACAUUGCAAAAAUUGUAAUUUUGAAUGACAUAAAGGCAAAAUUAAGCUUUAUGUAAUGUGGCAAGAGCAAAUUGAAAAACAGGGUAUACAAAAUUUAUGUUUGAGAUUAUACUAGGCAUUCUCACAAUGGAUAAAAUAUUAUAUUACUUAAGAAAAUUGUUAGAAAAAAGUAGAAUUAUCAUCAAUGGAAAUUAAAUGUACACUUAAUUAUAGAAUGACCCAUAUAUUAUAUGAUAUAUGUGACCCUGGACCACAAAACCAGUCUUAAGUCGCUGGGGUAUAUUUGUAGCAAUAGCCAAAAACA